UAGCCUCAUAAUUAGCACAAACGUUGACUUUCUUUUCGAAAUAACCCACGAAACGCCUUCAGAAUUGAGUUACCAACACUGCGUAGCUGCAAGACGUUUUAAUUCGGGUUUUUUGAGUUUGUUUUGAGGUUUAAGUCGGGAGUAAGUGAUGGUAACGACGACCAACUUUUGAAACUGUCAGCGACUGUUAGCGAGCUUGGCGUUAUGGUUACCAACCGUUGUCUCCGACGUUACUCCACAACAGUUCAGUAAAUAUACAUAAAUUUGUACUUUUAGCAGUUUAUCAAAGGUUUGAACGUGUUUGGGGAAACCUCUGCAACCUGUUCACAGUCGUUGGUGGUUUGUUGUGGCGUGUGUGCCAUGGUGACACGGGGGUGGAUCCUCUUUGCUAAGUUUUGCUGUUUUCAAGGCAACCGACCCCCGCUGCUGCUGUGAAGUCUGCAAGAGAAAUCUCUACAGUCUUUUGGAGAUAUUUCCUACUGAAUCGACGAAAUAAAUGCAUCCAUAAUAAUAAGAAACUGCAUCCAAGGAGAUCUUCGAUACGACCAAAGACUGACCCUUCGCUGUACCUGUCUGGAUUGUUGCCAGCUCACUGACAUGACCUGCGAUCUGUAACUUUCUGUCGCCAUGGCAUUCAAAGUGGACUUCGCUGCAGAGACGAAUCAACAAGAAAGCACGCAGAAAGUCCCCGUGCCUGGCUGAGACAGUAACCGAGGUCAGAGCUGAAGGAGGCCGACAGGUGGAUGGAGACACCAAAGAACACCACAGCAGGGGUUUUUUUCUGGACCCCUGCCCCGGUCCGCACCUCAUCCACCAGCUCUGUAAUGUCAGAGGAUGAGUGGGAGGAUGAAGAUGAAGAACAGGCGAAGAAAGACGAUGACUUUGUUAGCCAGAUGGACGAGAACGGCAUCAUUGGACUGUCAGCAGCACUGGAGGACGUUGGGGGAAAGUUGUGUCGUGAUUCAGUCGCAGAAUGUAAUUCAAACUGGGACCAUGGACGCCUCACAGAUGCUAGUGGGCAUGAGAGGGACACACCUGAGGAGCUGAGCUACAGCCUGAGUCGCCACCUGUCGCUCGCUGAAUCGCAAGACGAGGCUGUUCAAAAACUGUCACCAUUUGAGGACUCGAUGGAUGAUUUAGAAGCACAGAUAGUGGAUGAGGAGCGGCAGAGGAAGGAUAAGCAGGAGAGUGAGCGCUUCCAGGAGCUGGACGAAUACUUGGACAUGACAGAGGAGAGGAACGAUGGAGAUGAAGCAGGAAAGAGGAGUGACAGGAAGACAAAGAAGAAUAAACACACAAGCACACCAAGAGAGCUUGGAACCAUGAAUGGAUUAACUGAGAGUCAUAUUUCCAAAGGGGAGAUUGAGAAAAUCAGCUCUACGUCAUCUUCUAGUGCUCACCUGUUAGCCACUGAACCUGCUGCAGUCUCCAGUCAUCACUGCCCGAUAUCCCAGCCUGCCUCACCUGUCGCAGCCCCCACUUUCCCCCUCCUCCUCCACUUCACUGCUGAGGAAAUAGCUUCAGCUCCGGGGAUUGACACUGAAACCUUGCCAGAGAUAAGCUUUACUGAGAGUCUUUCAGUAUCACACAGGAGCCACAUACCUGUAAGCGUCAAGUCCAGUUCUUGUCGUCCUGAGGUAAAGGUCAGGGUCUCUCCUCUACCAGCAGCUAUAUUUUCUGAAGAAGUCAAGUCGAGUCAUUACAGCGGAGUCAGUAAUGGGCCUUCAAAGGGGUCAGAGAAGUCCGAGAAGCCUCAUAAACAGCCCACUCCCUCACCCAGGAAGAUAUGGCAGAACUCUCCUGAAUGUUCAAGGACUGGUCCCGUCAGCACAGUCAGGACAGACUCUUUAAAAUUCAAACAUCAGCCUGCCAGUCCUGACAAAGAGCCCAGAACACCGAGAGCCAGGACUAAUGCUGCUGAAGAGGAUGAAUCCAGAAAAGGGCCUCUGAGUUACCGCACACCAGACUUCUCCAAGGUGGAGCCCAGGGUCCGUUUCCCCAAAGGUGGCUACAAGCCCCCCAAGAGCAGGUGCUCUUCAAAGAGGGAGUCCCUGUCCCCUGAGCCCCCCUUAGUGUUUAAAUCCCCUGCUGACAUUGUGAAAGAAGUCCUGCUGAACACCACCGACGGAUCUCCUGCCUCAUCAGACUCGUACAAACCACCAACCAGUGACCUCAACUCCACUGUGCCUCAGGAGUUCAGAUGCCUCCAGCGGGCCAUCACACUGCUCGAACAGCUGCAGGAGAACCACAACAGGCUGCUGACUGAGCACGCCGAGGCAAAGAACACCAUUGAUCGCCUGCGCCUGGAAGCCAAGGUGAACCUGUACUCUGACCCUCCAAAGCCCGGAUAUUUGGUCCAGACAGGACUGAACCAGGCCACCUCAAAGUUCAUGAUGCUGGAUUUUCCUCAGGCUCAGAAAGCAGAGAUCAAUUCAGCUUCUCUUCAUCCAAAUGGAUGCAGCACCCGUCAGAGAAGUCCAUCUGCUGGUCCUUCCACAAGAAACCCGGACCCUCAGGUGGGACAGCAGCUGGCCAAGAUUCUCUACAGUCAGGCCGACAAGUUCCUCCAGCAGCUGCAGGCUUUUGACGAUCUUCUAAAGAGCAAAAAACUCAGACCUGUUGAUCAGAUGAAGGAUCUCUCACUGCUUGCAGACGGGCUUGACUCUUUAGAGAGGGGCUACCUGUUAGCGAGGGAUGAGCACAAACUCUUGCAGCAGCAAAGGGCAGAUAUCAGUCACUUUGACCCCGAACGGGAGCUGGAAGGGCUGAUCUUUCACUGUGGGCUGCGUAUGGAGGAGCUGAAAGAGCAGGUGGAAGAGAUGCAACAGGAGCAGCCCUCAUGUGAGGCUCCUCCCUCUCCACCUCCUCAACCCACCAUUUCAUCUGUCACCUCUGAGAGGGGAGAAACACUGAAUGACCCACAGAGCCCACCUGUGCCUUUGCUGGAUGAUCCAGGAGAAGCAGCAGCGGUGGUGAGCUCAGCCAGUGAAGACAGUGAUGAAGAGGAGGAAACUCUAAAUUCUGUCUACCUCAAACCUCUGAAUGUCAAACACGGACACGUUGAACAAGACUUUGCUGCACUAAUGGAUCACUACCAAAGCUUUAAGGAGCUUCCUAAACUUUUAGACCAUAGCCAGAGGGACAGAGCUCCUGCUGCUGCCUUAAGAGGAGACAUACAGCCUGUGGGAGAGAAGAAAGCGACACCGGGUCAAGGAACUGGAAACCUGGAAGUCCAGAAAAGUCUUCCACAGAGGGAAUCCAAAUCAGACCAUCAGGAGUCUCCUCCUGCUCACUCCAGCAAACAGCAGACCAACAGGUCCAGCUCUCCUUCCCACAGGACCUCCAACCAGUCCACCACAGUCCCUGUUCAUCGUCUCAGUAGCAGAAGGAGGUUAGAGUUGGGAAAAUCCCACAGCAGCAGUCUGAGCAGUCUGGGAGAGAUUACUGCAUCAGACAGGAGGAACUCUAAACUCCAACCUGGGAGCAGCAGAGUGCUUUCUCAGGACGGGAUUAUCUCUCCGGAGACGGACAGCGGGUUUGUCUGCUCAGAGAGCAGCCGUCUGACUCCUGCAGCAGCUCCCAGUCCUCUCCACCAGAGGGCCCCAGAGAGCGUUUCAGUGCCUCAGCAGGAGAACACAGGAAAGCCUCAGAUAGGCCCAGUCCCAGAUCCAUCUCCUGCUUUUUCACCCUCACACAGCUGCGUGUCUAUGGAGUCCAGAGGGGGCUCCCGGCUCAGCCAUGACCAGCCGAAGAGAACCAGGCAGAGGAGACGCACUUUCUCCUGCUCGCCACAGCGCUGGGACUCUCAAACAGAACAAACGAGGGCUGGCAGUGGGACCAGUGACUUUGGGCUGGAGAGUGACAGCAGCUCUCACGCUGUGUCUGAAGGAGGACAGAAUGACCACUGCACCCCCCAGAGCUCCAGCUCAAGCUCCUCCUCCACUGCACGGUAUCACCAUGGUGAUUCUAAAAGAGCACCGAGCUCCAAUCAGCCAGCGAAUCACAUUGAUGCAAUCCGGACGGUUCAGGUUGAGGUGACCAGACUAAGGAAGACGUUAGAAAGCUGUCUGAGAAAUAAGAAGCCCCUGAGCUCCAUGAGAGCAACUCCCUCAGCUCAGGACCACACUCACCAAAACACCUCUACACCUCACGUCAGGCUUAGGGAGCACUGGGGUGAUGUCAACAGGGGAGGAAGAGACAGAGAGAUGGUUAAGGAGUCUCCACUGAGACGGACGGUCAGGACUAGAUCACCACCUGCUCACAGACAGAAGCCUCAACCUGAUAUCUUGACAGGUUCUGAGCCCUCUACAUCCCAGCCUCAGACUCUGGUGUCCAGGUGUACACAAACAUCCACUGCAGCACCAGAGAGAUGCCAUUCCCACACAAAUACCACCUGCAGCAGUACACACCCCAGGCAGCAUUUUGGUGUAUCUGUACGAGUGUCAGAAACAGCGGAUGAACCUGACAGCAGAGGGCGUCAAGCUACUCUUUGUCCUCAGUGCUUGUCAGGCCACCACGGACGAUCAGAAAUUCGUGGUGACAGAAAGCCAACCCACUCCUCUUGCUGUCGUCACUGUCCUGUCUGUGGACGCCCUGAGCCAGACGGUCGCAGAGUCUCAGACCCCCUCACAAAGACACGGCGCCGCCCAGCUGAGUCCCCGGACAGAGCUGCGAGGAGCAGAUACUUUGAGGCUGCAGCUCCUCCUGCAACAGUGCAGUGCAUGCCAGUCUGCCCACCACCACUCCUUAAGUAACCUUUACACUCACCAGGCAAGUGA